AUGGACUCUUCAAUCAAGCAUAGAAACUCAGAACAGACAUUCACAUUCGUUACCCCACCAGCAGACGCGUCGAUAGAAGUUUUGAAUGAUUUUUAUUGGACUAAUGAAGCUGAACCACACACGCUUCGUAGGAAGCUCAUUCUAGCUAAGCAUCCAGAAGUCCGCAAACUCACUGGAUACGAACCAAAGACAAAGUGGUAUGUCUUGCUCGUUGUUCUUUUGCAGUUGUCUGUGGCAUUUUAUCUCCGGAAUACGCCUGUUUUGUCGUGGAAGUUUGUUCUCCUAGCAUAUGUGAUUGGCGCUACUGCAAACCAAGCAAUCUUCCUAGCCAUACAUGAGUUGAGUCACAACUUAUUAUUUAAAAAGCCGUUGCAUAACAAGUUGUUUGCAAUUGUCGCCAACGUCCCUAUUGGGAUCCCUUAUUCUGCCUCCUUUCAGCCCUAUCACCAAUUGCAUCACAAAUUUAUGGGUGAUGAAUACUUGGACACCGAUUUGCCAACCCGAUUUGAAGCUAUCAUCUUGUCCAACUUGUUGGGAAAAGUAUUUUUUGCAACUUGCCAGAUUUUCUUUUACGCUUUGAGGCCAAUGUUUGUUACGCAAAUCAAGUUUACCUAUAUCCAUUUGUUGAAUGUUGUUCACCAACUUGUCUUUGAUCACUUCUGGGUCAAAUAUUUCGGGUGGAAUAGUUUUGCUUAUUUUAUAAUGAGUUCCUUUUUGGCAGGCUCGUUGCACCCUUGCGCCGGUCACUUUAUCGCAGAACAUUAUGUGUUGAAUGACAAUAACAAACCUAAAUCGAAGGACAUACCAGUUCCUCCAGAGACGUACUCCUAUUACGGCUCGUUGAACUUGGUUACUUGGAAUGUCGGUUACCAUAAUGAGCAUCACGAUUUCCCUUACAUUGCGUGGACAAAGUUACCUGAACUUCGUCGCAUUGCAGCAGACUUUUAUGACCCGUUGCCCCAAGUUGAAAGCUGGUGUGGGGUCAUUUGGUGGUUUAUAUUCAACGACGUGAACACGCUAUGGAAUAGGGUUAAGAGAACAGGAAAGGAAAAACAUGGACACAAAAUAGACAAACUCGAUGAAAACCAGGACAAUUAG